CCCUCGGUACUCUCUCUCUCUCUCUCUCUCUUUACCCUCCUUCUUCUCCGAUUCUCCUUCUUUGCAGAAUUAACAUCAAUGUCUUGCAUUGCAGGCUGAUUCCAUUUCUUAGACGCUCGAGUGCUGAUUUCUAGUAGAUCUCGUGAUGGAUUCUGCUAUUGAGAUUAGUUCAGGCAGUAGUAGCAGUAGUAGUGGUAGUGAUGACGAGGUAUCUGAGCCAUCUAGAACCAGAAGCAAUACCGCUUGGCUCUAUGGUAGUGGUAGCUUCCCUCAAGCUAAAGCAGCACUUACUACUCCAGCUUCUGGCAGUGGUGGUGCCCCAUCUCAGCCAAGAGACUCAGGGAAUGAUAAUGAGAAGCUGUCUUCUCAACAAGCUCAGAAAAGAACCCUCCCACCCUCUUUUAAUCCCCCUCCUGCUUCUUCCUCGAGAAGUGGUAACAGUACUAGUCCAGCUCUAGGCAACAAGAAUACUACUCAAGCUCCUCGCAGUGAUCCACCGAGUUAUAAGCCAAGAGACUCUACAACAUUUACGAGGAAUGAGAAUGUCCUUAACUCCAAUGUCCCUGGUGUGGAUGAUAAGAAGCUGCCUGCUCAACAAGCUAUGAAAAGAGCUCUUCCACCUUCUUUUAAUGCCCCUCCUAAUCCAUCAAGAAACGUGGCGGAUUAUACUAGUCCAGCUGUAGGCAACAAGAAUAGUUUUGGUGAUGGUUACUACCGGGGAGCUCAUGCUGAGAUUGGAAUCCAGCGUGGCGUCAAUGGGGUUAGGAUCCUUCCUCCAUCCAUGACGCAUGGACCGCCUGCUCCUCCUUUGCAGUAUGGUGGUCAAAGUGAUCCAAUUCACAGGGUUGUUGGGAUUGUUGAAGACAGGAACUCUGAGAACGAUGAGAGGCUCAUCUAUCAAGCUGCACUAAGGGAUUUGAAUCAAUCCAAGAACGAAAUGGAUCUAAAUCCUGGUACUCUUACAGUUUCUCUUAUGAGGCAUCAGAAAAUCGCAUUGGCAUGGAUGUUUCAGAAGGAAACAAGUAGUUUGCAUUGCUCGGGAGGGAUAUUAGCAGAUGAUCAGGGACUUGGUAAGACAAUCUCAACGAUUGCUCUUAUCUUGAAGCAAAAGUUUGAGUCACAAAUAAAGUCUGAAAUUUCAAGCAAGCAAGACGCUGAGAUAUUGGACCUGGAUGCUGACGAUGAGUCCGAAACUCCAAAGCAUGAAAGUGAUGUGAAACCAGAGGUCAAGGUUUCAAGCAACAGUGCUGGUGAUAAUGAUGGGAAUGGCAGUUUAGAGAAGGGGAAAGCCAAAGUUGUAGGAGCGAGUACUUCGAAACGGGAGUUUAACAGAAAGAGACCACCUGCUGGUACAUUAAUUGUUUGUCCAGCGAGUAUUGUGAGGCAGUGGGCGAGAGAGCUCGAUGAGAAGGUUUCUGAUGAAUCCAAACUUUCUGUUUUGAUCUACCAUGGUGGUUGUAGAACCAAAGAUCCUGUUGAAUUGGCGAGAUAUGAUGUGGUUGUCACAACUUACGCCAUUGUGACCAAUGAAGUACCCAAAGAGUCAUUGGUGGAGGAUGAUGAGGACGAUGAAAAUGAUAACAAAGGUCUCGCCCCUGGCUUCUCCAAGAAACGUAAAGCUGCAGUGAGUACCAGUAAAAAGAGUAAGAAAAGAGGUCGAAAAGGCAUGGAUGAUUCUUCUUUUGAUUCUGAUUGUGGUGCUCUGUCGAGAGUUGGGUGGCUCAGAGUUGUUCUAGAUGAAGCUCAGACGAUCAAGAAUCAUAGAACACAAGUGGCAAGAGCCUGCUGCACUCUUCGAGCCAAAAGGAGGUGGUGUUUGUCAGGAACGCCGAUACAAAACACGAUUGACGAUCUGUAUAGCUACUUCAGAUUCCUUAGGUACAAUCCUUAUGCCGUGUACAAGUCAUUCUACCACACGAUCAAGGUUCCAAUUUCCAGAAAUUCUCUUAAUGGUUACAAGAAGCUUCAAGCUGUUCUAAGGGCUAUAAUGCUGCGCCGUACCAAAGAAACAUUGCUUGAUGGGCAACCAAUAAUCAAUCUACCUCCAAAGAAAAUUAAUCUGAGAAGGGUGGACUUUUCAGUGGAUGAGCGGUCUUUCUACAAGAAGCUUGAAGCAGAUUCACAAUCACAGUUCAAGGCGUAUGCUGCUGCAGGAACUUUGAGCCAAAACUACGCAAAUAUUCUUCUGAUGCUUUUGCGUCUACGCCAAGCUUGUGACCACCCACAACUCGUUAAGGGUAACUCAGAUCCUGUUGGAAAAGAAUCAAGAGAAGCAGUUAAAAGACUCCCUAGGGAGGCUCGAAUCAAUUUACUCAAACGUUUAGAGUCAUCAUCUGCCAUCUGCAAUAUCUGUAAUGAUCCUCCAGAAAACCCUGUUAUUUCGCUGUGUGGCCAUGUGUUUUGCUAUCAGUGUGUUUCAGAACAUAUCAACGGGGAUGAGAACGUGUGCCCUGUUCGAAGAUGCAGAGAAGAUUUUGGGCGUGAUGUUGUUUUCUCCAAAUCUGCCCUUAAAAAUUCUACCACUAAUGAUUUAGGCUCUAGUUCUUCACAGAACAAAUCAUUUUCUCAAAAAAGCGAGUUUAGUUCAUCAAAAAUCAAAGCUGUUCUAGAUAUUCUGCAGUCGCUUUCCAAACAAGGCAGACGAAACUCAGGUCAAAGGCCUUCUUCCUCACUGCCACAUGAAGAUGAUGAUGAUGUUACCAUUGUAGAGCCAACGACUCUUCACUCAUCUUCACCUAUCCAGGGGCCAAUAAAGACAAUAGUGUUCUCGCAGUGGACUGGUAUGCUUGACUUGGUUGAGAUGAGUUUUAUUGAAAAUGGUAUAGAGUUCAGAAGAUUAGAUGGUACAAUGAGUCUAUUAGCAAGAGACAGGGCCGUAAAAGAAUUCAGCAAAGAUCCAGAUGUAGAGGUGAUGCUGAUGUCGCUAAAAGCUGGAAACCUUGGGUUGAAUAUGGUAGCUGCAUGUCAUGUUAUACUUUUGGAUCUUUGGUGGAAUCCAACAACCGAAGAUCAAGCUGUGGACCGUGCACAUCGUAUUGGACAAACUCGGCCUGUUAGUGUAACUCGUGUCACUAUAAAAGAUACCAUUGAGGAUAAGAUUUUGUCUCUUCAGGAAGAGAAAAGGAAAAUGGUUGCAUCUGCGUUUGGUGAAGAACAUGGUGGAAGCUCUGCAACUAAACUGACAGUAGAUGAUCUCAAAUAUCUUUUUAUGCCGUAGACCAACUGGUUAUAAUGCCUGCUUGAAAUAGGUUGCAUAGUACUAUUAAUAUUGGAGAUUAUGCCCAGCGUUUUUUGAUCAAGAAGAAACCCUCUAAGCUGCUUUUGUAACUGAAACUUCAAAGCUGUGGCUCUCCUUAGGAUUUCGUGUUUUUUUGGCUUUGUGAGGCUUGUAUCCACAGUCUAUGUCUUUUGUGUUUCGGAGAUGCAUUGACUGGGAAGCAUGCCAUUAUGUAAAUAACUAAAUCGUUUCAUGGUAUAUAUAUACCUCGUAGAAGUUUUAACGGUAAAA